AUGCCCUCGCCAGCUUCAGUGGGCACCAAGCGCAAACGUACAUCGUCUUCAGCUCCCGCACAGCAUACCGCUCGCAAGCGGCGCUCAAUCAUAUCCUUUUUCAAGAACAAACGCCAGCGCCGUUUUCUGCUUGCCUACGUUCCCAUGCGGCAGAAAGCCAGGGAGGAGGACUGGGAGGCUGCGAACUCUGUAGAUUGGAUGGUCUGCGAUGAGUUUGCGAAGGCCUUUCCUACUGCUAUCACUCGCGCAGGAAAGAUGUCGGGCUGGUGGGGAACUUCAAAAGCCACCCCAAAGUUCUGUCGCGCUGAACUUAAAUUGCGAAUCACCAUCUUCAUGGUGGGCGAGUUGUAUACUACAAUCGAGAGUUUGGAGGACGAGGGUGUAUGGGUCUAUCACUCGGACGGCCCAAAGGCGUAG